AUGCGUCGUCGCCGCCGCGGGGGCGUGCGAUCGGCCCGAGGUUAUCUAGAGUCACCAAAGCGGCCGGGCGAGCCCGGGAUCAACCAGGUAGCCGCGCCGGGGCCGGGGUGGCCGGGCUGCGGCCGGCGCGGCCAGGCCGUCCCCGCUAGGCGUCGGCGGACCGGACCUGCGCGCGCGCGCGGCGUGGAGCGGAGCGGAGCCUCCCCGCCCGACGGGGUCGAGGGGGAGCCCGCAGCACUUGCGGAGGACGACGGACCUCGGAAGCUAGAGAAGGAAGCACCCUCGGAGGCGGACGGGGACGACCGCGGCGGGGCGGCCGGCGCGCACCGGCGCCCCUCUCUGUCGAAACCCCGCGCGCGCCUCCGCGUCGGCGGGCCCCUGGGGGCUGCCGGCUCGGCUCGGCCGGGCGCGGAGGGGCACGGACGCCGGGAUCCGAUGACCCCGGCUCCGGGAGCGGACGACGACGGCACCUGGGGUGACGGCCCGAAGGACGGACGCGAUGGGGCGGGGAGGCGUCCGCCCCGCCUGAACGCCGGUCCGGAAACCGACCCGCGGAGGGCCCUCCCCGACGCGUCCGUGGCGGCCCGAAGGGGCUUGGGAGACCCGCCGUGCGUGAGACGGCGGCCGGCCUGCCCCCUCCCUCCCGCGAGGCGAAGGGGGACUCCGGCGAGUUCGCAGGGACCCGGAGCGCGGGCUCGGCCGACCGCCGGCCGCUCCCUGCCUCCUGGAACGAGGCCGCUCCCCGCUUCUCAGAGACCUAACGCUCCCUUUCGCGCGCCGCUCCCGCCCGGGAAUCUGAGCUGGGCCGGAAGGACGUGCCGGUGGUCACGCGGUCCCCGAGGGUACCCGAAAACCCUGUCUCCAGAAAUCCCCGCGCGCGCGCCCGGGACGCCUGCGCGGUACCUCACGCGUCCUUCCGGCUUCGACCCGCGCGCGCUCCACGGUUGCCUGCCGGAGCCCCUUUCCGGGCAAGCCGCGCCGAUCGGUCCCCAUGGGGGCUUCCCACCGCCUCCCUCUGCCAGGUCCACCCCUUCACCGGCCGAGGGCGGCAGACCUGUGCCCGGUCCUCCUCUACGGACCGCCGUGAGCACGGCCGCCCAGAACGGGGGUCUCCGGAAACCCACGCCGACCACCUUCCCGGGCGACCCCUCCGCGUGGUACCUUCCGAACGCUCGCUCGCUCGCUCGCUCGGCCCGACGACGGGCUCAUCCCGGGGGGCCCCUGCCGCUUCCCCUCAGCGGCCUCCGGGCCUACCUUCCCCGUAAACCGAGCGCGGGGACCGCGAGGCGCCGACCGGGACUCUCCCCAACUCCGUGCCGACCUCCUUGGAGCCCUUUCCCGCUCGAGCGCCGCGAAUCCGGCCCCAUCGAGACUCCCGCGGAGCUGCUUCCUCCGGGCCUAGCGCCUCCGUUGAAGCGGCGCUGCGAACGGCACUCGCCGGCGCGCCUCCGGGUCAGCCUUCGCACGUCGCAGCGUCAGGCGGCCGGAGCGGCUCUCUCCCGGACUCCACGCCGACCUCCUGGUGCCCGUCUCCGUCUUGCACUGGCGAGCCGUCGCUCCUGGGGACGCCGGCAGCCCCUUCUCCGUCGAGCACUGCCGAGACGUCGCUGCUACCUCGUGCCGCGUGCCUUCCAGACGUCUUCCAAGGGGCGUCCUCCGGCUCUGCCUUUCCACGGCCGCGUGAGGCGGCGACCGGCUCUCUGCCGGAAUCCACGACGGCCUCCUGGAGCCCUUCUCCUUCUCGCACUGACGAGCCGUGGCUCCGGCGGACGCUGGGAGCGAGAGGCGGCGACCGGCUAUUUCCCGAAAACCGUCGGCGACCUGCCGGAACCCUUCGCGGCCGACCUCCGGCGAUCCGUCACCCCUACCUGGCGGGGCUUCCGCACGACCGCUCGGCCCGACGUCGGGCGCCUCCGUCAGGCGAGGGGCUCGUCCAGGGGAUCCUGCCGCUUGCCCAUGAACCCGCAGGCGCACGCCCCGGCCGUCCGAGCGCGGGGACAGCGAGGCGCCGACCGGGACUCUCCCGAAAUCCACGCCGACCUCCUGGAGCCCUUUCCGGGCGAGCUCCGCGAAUCCGUCCCCAUCCAGACUUCCGUACCCUCCUCCGACCGCCUUCGAUUGACCCGUCGAAACGCAUCGGCUCUCCGGCCACCAGGUGUGCCCGUUGAAACGCGUAGGCUUUCCGGACCCCGCCUCGGAAAGGAAGUUCUUCCCGUGCACCAGGUCUGCCGGUCGGAAAGCGGGGUCCUUUCCGCCCCCGGGUCUUCCCCGACGGAGGGGUUCUCGGGCGCCGUCGGCUCUCCGGGCCCCAGAUCUACCUCGGCCUCGGCAAGCGCGCUCCCCCCCCCCCCCGCGACGAGCCGGGCGCCCCUCGCGCGAGGAGCGCCUCCGCGCCCGCCCGGGGGCAGAGGGGGAUGCCAGCCGCCUUCCCGCGCGGGACGGCGGCGGCGGCGCUCCCUCCCGCCCUCGGAGGGGGACAAAAGCUUGUGUCGAGGGCUGACUUUCAAUAGAUCGCAGCGAGGGAGCUGCUCUGCUACGCACGAAACCCUGACCCAGAAUCAGGUCGUCUACGAAUGA